CUCAAGAUGUGCGAGUCGUAUGCUGAGUCACAUGGACUCAUGUAUAAUGUAAAAAAAAGUGAGCUAUUAGUUUUUAAGAGCAAAGGUAACUCGCCGGAUGAUAUCCCUCCUGUGACUCUUAACGGAGUUCCUCUUAAAAGAGUCACAGAGUUUAAAUAUCUAGGGCAUAUUGUUACGGAAGACAUGUCUGAUAUAAAAGAUAUAGAAAGGGAGCGCAGGGCGUUGGCAGUCCGAUGCAAUAUGGUAGCUCGCAGGUUUGCACGUUGCAACAAACAAGUAAAAAUAACUCUCUUUAAGGCAUAUUGCCAAACUUUCUACACGUGCAGCCUGUGGGUGUCAUAUACGCAGAGGACCUACAAUGACCUGCGCGUCCAAUAUAAUAAUGGAUUCAGGGUGCUGAUGGAGCUGCCGAGAUUCUGCAGUGCGUCACUGAUGUUUGCUGAGGCUCGUACCGACGAUUUUUAUGCAAUUAUGAGAAAAAGAGCAGCAUCGGUGAUGAGCAGAAUCCGUGGUAGCUCCAACGGCAUUCUGAAGACUUUGUCUGAAAAACUAGAUAAUCCAUUUAUGAGACACUGGAUUGGUUUGCAUAUGCACUCUUAGUGUCUCAUGGAUGGGUAUCUAGUCAAAUAAAUUUAUAUUAUAAUAAAUAAACUAACCUAGUUACUAACAUAGUCUUAAGCAAUUGUUUGUAUUACUAACAAAAUGGAUGUAAUAUCUGGAAUAAAGAUUAUUAU